AACGAAACUAUGCGCAUUCUCCAAUAAGAACCAGACGAGCUGCUCUGGAAAACGAAACUUUGCCGGUGUCUCUGGCUGUGUUAGGCUGCGUGUACGUUUCGGUGCCGAGCGGGCUUUGGAGAAAGGUCCUUCUUUUGGGCUGUAGUAGUGAUUUCCAUUUCGGAGCUAAACUGAGGCUGUAGACAAAACUUCAUCCUGGGUCGCCGAUCACGCAAAAAGGACAUUAAAUGUCCUAACUGUAAUAACUCUCAAAAUGCCUCGCACAAGUUCUGCAGUUACUGUGGGGAGAGGCUGGCUCCUUCUACCAGCACCCAAAUUGCUGGGAAUAGAGAUGCCAAACUGACUUCAGAGAUGGAGAUGGAGCCUGGGGGAGAACUGAAGGUGGAAAGCUCCCCUUCCUUGGGAACCUCUCUUGAUAAACAACCACCCACUGAGCAAGCACAGAGGGAGCCAGAAGAGUCUUUGUUGGAGAGCCCUGGGAGCCAAGCGUCACUAUCACAGAAAAAAGUAGCAAAAAUUGUGAACCAUAUUGACAGGAAUGAGCUGGAUAAGGAUGAUAAAUCUCCUUCCAGAAAGAGAAGGAAGAAACCAGACCAAUAUGAGGGCAGCAGACCAGGCACAAGCCCGCAGCAGAAAAAGAAGAAGAAAAAUAAAAAGAACAAGGAAGUUUCAGACUUUGAAGUUCAAGAUUCCUUGACAACAUCCUUAAGUUCAGUACCAUCCAGUCUUGAUUAUCCUAUAAACUCAGAAGUGGCAGAUGCAAAAAACUUACCAGAAGAAAGUCAGAACUCCAAAACUAAAUCAACCAAAUCAGAUACAGUAUCCACUGGUGAAAGGGGAGGCCAGAUUAAAAUCAGUCCCUUGAAUACAGAUCAACGUCCAGAAAUAGUUUCAGAAAAUCAUGGUGGCAGUAUUGAUAUCAAGGCUAGAUCAGAGCAAGACAGUAAAAAUGGUGCAGCAGGUCAAAAUGAUAGUGCUGCAGCCACAGAGAAGAAGAUGGAGGAGGAAAGCUCCAAAAAUGAUGAUAUAAUCAAUCAACAGACAGGUUCUAGUGAAGAACGAAGUAACAUAAAUUCUGUUUCAACUGAUCAAUCUCUGGGAAAUAAAUUGAACACUCAGAGUUUCAUUGGAGAUGUAAUACCAACUAUUUCUGAGGGAGAUGCAGACAACAUGUCUUCAGACCUUCACUUGAGUGUUGAAUCAUCUGAAAACAAAGACGUAAAAUUGAGCUCAGAAGAUCAAAACCAAGGAAUUAAGGAAUCUUCGUCUGAAUCUGAAAUGAGAUUGAGUCAUAAAACAAAAAUUGAAGAGGCAGACAAGCAACAGAGGAGUGCUUCGGUUUCAAAGAAAGCAAAGUUGGAAGAAGAGACUAAAGCAGAGAGAGGGUGUGAAAAAGUGGAAAAAAUGACAACUCCUGUGGAGGAAUCUGGUGAGGAUGGAAAGGCUCCUGCUGUUGUAAAUCAGAAGAAAGAACAGAUAAAUCAGAAGGCUGAGAAACAACAGGCAAAUCGCAAAGUCAAUGCAGUUAAACAAAGCAAUGUGCAUUUUGAUGAUGGUGUUACAGUAUAUUUUCAUGCCAUACUGUCUAAGGAUUUCAAAUUUGAUCCUGGGAAGCACAAAGUCUUCAUCAGGGCACAAGGCAUUUCUGGUUAUGAGAACUGGAAGGACAAUAUCUGUGAGCUGACUUGCUCAAAGGAGCUUGGUGAGCAUGGUCACCUAAUUGAAGGCUAUGUUACCAUUCAUAAGGACAACAUGAACAAACCAAUUCCUUAUAAAUACUAUGUUGCACCCGGGAAGGAAGCAAGCUAUGAAUUCAUUUACAAACCUGCUCCGAAAGGAAUAAUUGUGAAUCGUUGUUUGUUUAUAACUUCAAUUUACCUGUGUGGUAAAGAUUGGCAUCAGUAUGAUGAUAUAGUAUGUGCUAAACCCUCUGAGACUUUAUGGAACAGUUUUAAGAGCCGUAUUCCAGGGUGCAAUAAUUCUGAAAAAGAUAUUGUGAAAGGGAAACGAAUAGCAGCAAAAGUAAUGCUGGAAAACCUCUUCAGUAUACUAAACACCUGGACUCCUAUCAAUGUCAAGAAUUUUCUUCAGCAGUUUCGUCAGUUUUACCUUGUGAAUAGGAAACCAAUGGUAUAUGAGAACGUGCCAAAAGAAUGGAUAGAAUUACAGUUUGGAGAAAAGCAGAUGAAAGAGCUAAUACUGGGUUAUUUGAGAGAAGUAGCCCGUCCUCUUCUUAACCAGAACACUGCAAAUUGUCCAAUGCAAAAUAAGCUGGGCCUGGCAUUGAUCGUUGUUCUACUAGGAGACUUCUACAGUCUUCCAACAACAAAGGAGGAUCUGGCAAAGUUAUGCAGCCUUUUUUGUUUGGAGACGUCACCAGCAGAUGUAGUAAAUGAAAUAUAUUCUCUCCAAGAGGCGUUUUCAACAAUUCCAAGAAUGGAAGAAUACUUGAUCAAGUUCUACAAUAGCUGUAAUGGAGAGGAAAUUCACCAGUGGUUGUGGACAAUUCCAAUUCUUCAUCUGUUUACUACUUCUAUUGGUCUUGACUCUGUUCAAGUGCCUUCUCUAUUUAACUCUGAAAAUAAAUGGGCAGGGCUGGAAGGCUUUCCAUUUAUGGAAUACAGAGAUAAACAGGAACAUAAGAAAAACUUGCUACCACUAAUGAAACAAAAGAAGCAUUUGAUGGAAGGAAACAGAGCACUGUUCAGGUCAUGGUUUUCCUUGCUGCCUCUAGGAGACUUGGUAGAAUUUGUCUCCAACUCUUCGGCUGAUCUGUUCGAGUAUCUUCUAGGAACUUACCAUAGACUGAAGAGUAUCCAAAUCUUGCAGCGUAAUUGUGAGGAGGUAGAAAAUCUUCUGGAGACGGUGCUGAACAUCUUAAAUAAACAAAACGGCAUGCUAGAGCAGGAAGCUUGGAACUUCUCGGUGCAUGUCUGCCUAUUGCUUCAUCAUAUAAUAUGCAGCAGAGUCGAAACAGUAAUGCGAUACAAGAUUCCAACUACAUCUGCUAAGAUUGUUUCAAGCAUUCUUACACUUGCACCUAUGGAGGUUUCAAAAGAAAAAACCAUGCAGAAUACUCUAGUGGCACACACAUUCCAAAAGCUUUGUGAAGAUACCAGGAAUUGGUUUCGGAAAGUUCUACCAAAAAGUUUGCUACAAAAUCAUUCACAUUCAGUUAUGUUUACUUCUUCAUUUGAAGUUGAGGCAUGGGAUCAUUUUUUGAAAAUAAACUUUCCUAAUGGAAAUUUUACAGAAGAGUGGAAGAAAAUUUUAAUUGCAGAUAUGGAAGGCAGAAUCAAACAGGAAGCUGCCAUUAAACGUAUUAAAGUCUACUGCUACUGCCAUGAAAAAUUUGAGAAACUUCAUCCAACGAUUGGCAAAACUUUUGAAAACUGUGCCAUAGAUGCGAUUGGUUCAGCAUACCAGGAACAAAGUAACCUCCUUGACCUGAUAUCCUCUUACAAUCUAAGCAAGCUGGGAAAACUUGUAUCUGCAGCCAUCACAAGAUCUUGGCCAGCUGAUGAGAGAGGAAAGACUAUGAGAGACCUGGAAGGUGUGCUAAAUCAUCUGCUUGUUUGGCCAGACAUCAAGCAUAUUUUCAUCUUCAAUGGUGCAGAUGGAAACAUUCUUAACCAACUUACUGAUGAAGCUCAGGAGCUAAUGGCCAUCGCUGACUCUGUAUACGUGAAUGUUACUGAUCAACUCAGGACAGGCCAUAUCCUAGUUAAACAUUUAGAACUAAUUCUAAAGAACAAGAGACAGUUUCUGUCUAUUUGCGAAUUGAAGUGCAAGCAAUUUUCAGCCCAGGAGAAAUCAGACCACAGAUUGAUACUAGAAAAAGUGCUCGAGUUGAGGCAGCAAGAAGUACUGGUUGUCAAGAGAGAGCAAAAAUGGUUGGGUUCCCUCUUGGACAUGUGCAGGAGAGUACAAGACUUCGUAAAAGUGGCUAUUGCUGACGUGGAGCAGAAGCACAGUGAAAAUCUGGCCUCAAAAGUCCUGAAUGAUGUUGUGAAUGUGAGGAAUCCAACUUCUGACAGUGAUGAUGAAAUAGAGACCUAUUACCACUUGAGUCCACCCGUGAAGGAGAUAUCUAAGCAUUUGUGUAAUAUUAAAGAGAGCCACAUCUUCCGGUAUUGUUGGGACUGGGCAGCCAAAGAGCUGGCAGAGAAUGUUGAUGAUUCGAUCACUGAAGAGGACGUUGGCACUUUGAACCUUGAUGAAGUGCCUCAUUCCUUAUUUACUCCUUCUUACAAAGAGUUUCGGAGGCUCUACAAUAGCCUGAAAUCUGGAGAGCUCAAAUUUGCUGAGGUAGAUGCUCUCUUCAAAGACUUUACUAAUAAUUAUGAGGAACUGAAAAAUGAUUUCCGGACUAUGUGUAAUUUGAUGUCUCAAAAUGAUGGAGAAUGGAUAGAAGAACGGAUUCAUCAGAUACAGCAGUAUCAUCAAUUGCAUUUGGCUGUCGACUCUGCUAAGAUUAUUGAUAAAGUCAAGGAAUGUCUGAACCUUUCUGGUGAUUUCAAAGUCCUGCUGCGUUUACUGAACUUUACAGAUGGAUUUCAAUUCUUGCAGCAAGAAAAGCUCUCUUCCAUGAGUCCUCAAUUGAUGCGUGCAAAGAAACUGCUGCAAGACAUCACUGAGCCACGUCGUAGGUGUCUUGAGGAGCUUGCUCUUAGGAGGGACUUUGUCAACUGGGUCAAAGAGGCUCUGGAAGAUAUAAAUGAGCUGAAGGUAUUUGUGGACCUGGCUUCUAUCUCUGCGGGAGAGAAUGACAUGGAUGUAGAUCGUGUGGCUUGCUUCCAUGAUGCUGUACUUGGCUACUCCUCCCUGCUGUAUGAGUUGACGCGGGAGUCAGGGUUUGACGAGUUCAUGAGGUGUUUAGAGAAACUGUGGAAAGCGCUGGAAAGUGACCGCAGCCUCCCCAAGAAACUGUGUGAUUCUGCAAGAUACUUGGAAUGGCUAAAAACCAUAAAAGAGAGCCAUGGCUCUGUGGAACUAUCCUCUAUAUCACUGGCAACUACAAUCAACACCAAAGGAAUCUACAAAAUUAGGGCACCCACAGAAGGCCAGAAGGUUUCUCUGGACACUGUCUUGUGCCUGGCCAUCCCAGAAAGUCAUGGUGACCAAGAAGAGGUACGGCAGUACUCUUUGGAAGACCUCCGAGAAUUGAUGAACAAGCUGAUGCUGAUGUCAGGAAAAGUAGAACAAAGUGCAGAAGUAGAGAAGUUUUCUGAGGUGUUUUCUAAUGUUCAGAGACUUGCGCUGUCAUUCAUAGACCUUUAUUCUGUUGGAAACAUGCUCUUCCGAUCUUGGAUUGCUGAUGUAUAUUGCUCACCCCAAAAUGAGUUCUCUGUUACCAUGGACUUCAAUUUGAAUCCUAGCUGUGAGCUUUUUGGAAAUGGACAAGUGACAGAAAUUCUGCCAGCCAUAUGUCGAAAGAUGGAGAAUUUCCUGGAAAGGUGGAAGCACUUCAUAUCUAAGAAGCGAUCCCAGUACUUUUAUCUGAAUUACUACACGGCCGAGCAGGUUGUCUUCUUGUGCAGGGAAAUUGGCUCAAAAUGCCCCAGUGAGGCUGCCCUAAUGAUGCUGUCAUUCAUAAAGCGCAACUGCAGCAAACAAGAUGUCCAAGAGGUCUCCCAAAAACUGGAAUCUAAAAAAACAAAGAGGAAUUUUGCUGAUGUAUUUGGACUGAUGGAAACGGGGAGAGAAUUGAUUGUACAGCUGGAUUAUAUCUGGGAGUCCUACAUGGAGAGUGUGGGCUCGUUCCUACUAGGCUGCUUGGACAUUGAAAGCCUUGGAAUUUUCCUGGAUAAACUGGCAAGUUUGGAGAAGAGGAGUGUUACACGAAUAUUGCCACAAGGUCUUCAAGUUGGCAGGCCCAACCUCAUUCUUUGCCCUCGCUCUGAAGUCUUAACUUCAGUCUUGGCCAUCUACAUGAACAGCCCAUUGGAGAUGCUACCUUCUUAUGAUGAGGUCCUGCUGUGUUCAGCAGAAACCACCUAUGAGCAAGUGGAACUGUUUUUGAGGCGGUGCCUCACUCCAGGAUGCAAGGAGAAGAAGAUUUACACCUUGCUGUUUGCAGAUGAGUUGAGCUAUGAUGUUGGCUACAGGUCUGAGGAGCUGUUCCAUAAGCUUCACUUAAUGCAUCAGGAUGACUAUCGCCUAGUGAUCCUCUGCAAUUGCGAAAGAGAGCACUGCUAUGUCCCCUCUGUCUUCAGUCAGUUCAAAGUUCACAUGAUCCCACAACAGCCCCUGAAAGACAUUCAGAAUUACCUUGGGAAUCAUUACAAAGCCAUGCAGCUUUCAAAUUCAUCAGCUUCUGUCUUCAAGAACCAAAUGUGUGUUGGGAUAGUAUCUUCCAAAAGAGCUGGUGUGGGAAAAUCGCUCUAUGUAAAGAGACUGCAUGAGAAAUUGAAAGCAAAACUACAGAACAAUACAGUGCCCUUAAAAACGAUUCGGCUGAUUGAACCCCAUGUAGAUGAAAGCAAAGUUCUGAAGUCUCUCCUCCCAUUCCUGGAUCAUCAGUACCAGAAACAGCCCAUGAUAUUUCAUUUUGAUAUCACUUCUUCAGUCAAGAUUGGAAUUCCAGAAUUUUUGUUCAAGCUAUUAGUUUUGCAGUACCUGGCAGAUAUAGAUGGGAAACUCUGGCUGCGGAAACAGUGUCACUUGUAUAUCAUAGAAAUUAUUGAAGCAGCUCCAUCAGCCAAAAAACAAACAAGAUCUAUUUUUCCAGGAUUGAAGUACAACUUCCUUGACGUGUUCCCCAGAAUAACCUGCAGAUCUCCCAAUGAAGUACUGGAAAUCGACACUCAGAGAAACUCAUAUCAUGGCUGCUCAGACCCUGGAAUAGAUCAAAAAGUGUUCUGUAGUGCAGCUUUUCAGAGACCAUUCCAGUACUUAAGAAGAUCUAACAGAGGUGAUAAUCUUGACACAUUCCAGUAUGAAGAAGGCUCAGUUGAAGGGACUCCAGCAGAAUGCCUACAGCUGCUCCUUAUGCAUUGUGGCGUGACGGAUCCUUCUUGGUCAGAACUGAGGAACUUUGCUUGGUUUCUGAACCUUCAGCUGAGAAACUGUGAGACAUCAGUGUUCUGUAAUGCUGCUUUUGUCCAGGAUACUUUGCAGGGUUUCAAAAAUUUUGUAGUCACCUUUAUGAUUUUAAUGGCAAAGGAUUUUGCAACACCUUCACUUAGUAUUUCUGAUGAGAGCCCCGGGAGGCAGUUUUUUAACAUGGAAGGCGUCACUGAAGAAGAUCUUGCUCCAUUCCAGAUUCGGAAAAAGUGGGAGUCUGAACCCCACCCCUAUAUAUUCUUCAACGAGGACUCUGUUUCCAUGACAUUCAUUGGCUUUCAUCUCCAGCCUAAUGCUAAUGGUGGCAUUGAUGCCAUCAAUCCUUUGAAUGGGAGUAUCAUAAAGAGAAAUGUGAUGACCAAGCAGCUGUACCAGGGAUUGCUUCUUCAAAGAGUUCCAUUUAAUGUUAAUUUUGAUGCACUGCCCAGAGAUAAGAAAAUUGAGAAACUUUGCAUGGUAUUAGGAAUCCAAUGGCCAAUUGAUCCUGAUGAAACGUAUGAGCUCACAACAGACAAUAUAUUGAAGAUCCUUGCCAUUGAAAUGCGAUUCAGGUGCGGGAUCCCUGUCGUCCUCAUGGGAGAGACGGGUUGCGGAAAAACCAGGCUCAUAAAAUUCCUGUGUGAACUGCGUAGGAGCGGUGCUCCUGCUGAUAACAUGAAGCUUGUCAAAGUCCAUGGAGGCACCACAGCAGAUGCAAUCUAUGCCAAAGUCAGGGAAGCAGAAGUUUUUGCUAUUGACAAUAAGCAGCAAUACCAGUUUGACACCAUCUUGUUUUUUGAUGAAGCCAACACUACUGAAGCUGUCAGCAGUAUCAAGGAAGUCCUGUGUGAUCGCACUGUAAAAGGAAAGUCUUUGGUCCACAACUCAGGCUUGCAAAUCAUAGCUGCCUGCAAUCCUUAUCGAAAACACACUGGAAAAAUGAUUAAGCGCUUGGAGUCAGCUGGCUUAGGCUAUCGUGUCAAAGCAGAGGAAACGAAGGAUAAGCUUGGCUCCAUUCCUCUUAGGCAGCUUGUAUACCGGGUCCACGCGCUCCCACCUAGCAUGUUACCUCUGGUGUGGGAUUUUGGGCAGUUGAACAACUUUACGGAAAAACUCUACAUACAGCAGAUUGUCCAAAGACUUACCAGGUCAAUACAAAUGUCUGGUGCUGAGAUUAAGAUAAUAACAGAUGUGCUUUUUGAGUCUCAGACUUAUAUGAGGAAAAGGAACGACGAAUGCAGCUUCAUCAGCCUCAGAGAUGUGGAACGCUGUGUGGAAGUCUUCAAGUGGUUCCACAACCACAGUGACCUAGUAAUGAAACAUCUGGAGAAGUACCUUGCAGAGAGGAAGACUGCUAAAGGUUCUAUCCAGAGAGACAAAGUCAUUUGGUCCUUGGUUAUUGCUGUUGGUGUUUGCUACCAUGCCUCCUUGGAAUGGAAGGGGGCAUACCGAAAAGUCAUUAGCAAAAUACUUCCACCCCCGUAUGAUAAAGAGAAGGGAAUUCUUGAAGAAAUUAGCUUAGUUCAGGAUCUCUUCUUGAGUGGUGCACCUCUGAGGGAAACAAUAGCAAGAAACUUGGCACUGAAGGAAAAUGUCUUUAUGAUGGUUAUCUGUAUUGAACUUAAAAUCCCCUUGUUCCUCAUUGGAAAACCUGGCAGCUCCAAAUCUCUUGCCAAGACCAUUGUGGCUGAUGCCAUGCAAGGCCAAGCGGCAUACUCUGAGCUUUAUAAGGAACUGAAGCAAAUCCAUCUGGUGUCCUUUCAGUGCAGCCCACACUCUACCCCUGAGGGCAUCAUAAAUACUUUCAAGCAUUGCUCUCGCUUCCAAGAAGGAAAGAACCUGAAGGAGUAUGUCUCUGUGGUUGUGUUAGAUGAAAUUGGCUUGGCUGAAGACUCCCCCAAAAUGCCUCUGAAGACUCUUCACCCGCUGCUGGAAGAUGGAUGCGUUGAUGAUGAUCCACUGCCUCACAAAAAAGUUGGCUUCAUUGGGAUCUCUAACUGGGCUUUGGAUCCAGCUAAGAUGAAUCGGGGUAUCUUUGUAUCCCGUGGAGACCCAAGCAAGAAGGAACUCAUAGAAAGUGCAAAGGGUAUUUGCUCUUCAGAGCGUGUCAUCUUGCAGAAAGUUGAGUGUUUCUUUCCUAUCUUUGCAGAUGCAUACGAAGAGGUUUGCAAGACCCAAAAUAAGGAGUUCUUUGGGUUGCGGGACUAUUACAGCCUCAUAAAAAUGACAUUUGCUUUAACAAAAAAAUCUAAGAGCACUCCUGCUCCCCGAGACAUAGCAGAAGUGGUUCUCCGUAAUUUCAGUGGCAAGGAAGGUGUCAAGGCCUUGGAUAUUUUUAUAUCUAAAAUCCCAGAGAAAGGUGAUGCUACCUGUGAGGACAUCAGUACGAUUGCCCUAGUCAAACAGAACAUUUACAGUGACUAUCAGGAUGGAGAAUGCCGGUACCUGCUAGUGUUAACAGAAAAUUAUGCAGCGCUUCAAAUCCUUCAGCAGGCUUUUUUCAAAGAUGCACAGCAGCCAGAAAUUAUAUUUGGUUCCAGCUUUCCCAAAGACCAGGAAUACACCCAGAUCUGCAGGAACAUCAACCGAGUGAAGAUGUGUAUGGAGACUGGGCAGAUGGUGGUCCUUCUCAACCUGCAAAAUCUCUAUGAAAGCCUGUACGAUGCCCUCAACCAGUAUUAUGUUCAACUUGCUGGUCAGAAGUAUGUUGACCUUGGUUUGGGGACCCAUCGAGUGAAAUGCAGAGUGCAUCCUCAGUUCCGCUUGAUCGUUAUUGAGGAGAAAGAGGUGGUGUACAAACACUUCCCCAUUCCAUUGAUCAACAGGCUUGAGAAACACUACCUGGAUAUCAAUACAGUGUUGGACAAAUGGCAAAGAGGCAUUGUGGAAGAACUGAAGAAAUGGGUGAACAACUUCACAGCAGUUGAGACAGAAAAACAUUUGAUGGGCCAGCAGAAAUAUACCCCUUCCGACGUCUUUGUUGGCUACCAUUCUGACACCUGUGCCUCAGUUGUCCUGCAGGUGACGGAAGAGCUGAAAAUGGGUUUUCCUCCUGAGGAACUAAUACGAAAAGUAGAAGAACAGGCCAAGUUGGUACUGCUGAACUGUGCAACGCCAGAUUCUGUAAUCCGUGUUGGUGAUUCACGUCUGGGUUCCUUUGAGGCACAUGAGUUGGCUAUGAUAUACUUUCAGCAGCAGCAGCACACUUGUCUUGCAGAUUUCCUCCGUGCUUGCCUCGGCACUGAGUCCAGGGGUCGCACAGUCUUUACUGAGAUUACUACUUUCUCCAGGCUCCUGACAGCAGCGGACACAGAGACUUUUGAGGCAGAAGUACAUUGCAGUAUUAACAGCCUCAAAGUUCUGUUCUUGCAACAGUUUGAUACAGAACAUUCAUUUUUGAAAGAAAUCCGGACAUUUUUUGAUUCUACCCCUGGAAGUAAAAUCCUGAUUAUUCAGACAGACUUUGAAAAUGGAUCUCUCAGUGCCCAACUUGUUGCCUCAGCCAAAUACUCGGCCGUUAAUGAAAUCAACAAAAUAAAUCUGAAUGAAGCUUCCGUGUUUGUUUUCUUCAUCACUAAACUAUCACGAGUUGAAGGAGGAAGUUCCUAUGUGGGAUUUCAUGGAGGGUUGUGGAAGUCUGUGCACAUUGAUGAUCUAAGGAGAUCAAAAGAUAUGGUCUCCGAUGUUACUAUCCUGAGAAAUGUCACCAUCAGCCAGCUGUUUUCUGAAGACACAGGGAAUUCUGCAGAGAACCGUGAAUCUGUGGUGGCAGAGCAAGUGGAAGAAAAGGAAGAGGAGAUGGAGGUAGAUGUUUCACCAACACCCAGAACAGAAACAUUGGCUACCAAAACCUUGGACACCACUAUCCUCCUAAAGAGCUGUGUGCAAAGUGCUGUGGGAAUGCUAAGGGAUAAAAAUGAAGUUGAGAGCCGUAGCACUAAGCGAAUUGAAAUCCUGCUUAGUCUCCUAUCUGAGGAAGAUGACUUGAAAGUCUCUUUUCUGAAGAUAACAAAGUGCCGUCUCUUUCACCUUUUGACGAAGCAAGAGGAGAAUAUUUACACCAUGGGACACUGGGUGCUCCGGGAGGCAUCAAACCUCAACGCCCUCCAGGAAGCAGGAACUUUCAGACGCACCCUGUGGAAGCGGGUCCAGAGUGUGGUGACUCCAUUCCUAGCCUAUAUGGUUUCUGUCCUAGACAGAGACUGUAACCUGGACCUACUGGUCAGACCAACAACAGAAAAUUGUGUGAAAGAUCUGUGGAUGUUCAUCUUUAGUCAUCAGAGGCUUCUUAACAUCCCUUAUGUCAUGAAUCAGAACAGCUCCCAAACUGAGACAGUUCUGGUGCAGAAUUACUUUGAGUUAUCUACCAAUGCUGGCAAUGAAAUGCCCUUCAGCUGGAGGAUAAAGGAUUAUUUGGAAGAUCUUUCAGUUCAUGCUCAAUAUCUUAAAGGCAAUGAAGGCCAUGCAGAGAAGUUUAUAGGCAUCUUUCAGCAGACGCCACUGGGGAAAUAUAUUGCCGGUCUCUCUGAGGAACAGAGAGACAUCCUUUUCCACCAUUAUGUCAGAGACUUUAUUGUCCUGGCAAUGGGUGUGGCCUCUCCUAGGGAGCUAAAUUUGCUGCAAAUGGCCCUCUUAUCAUGCAUAGAGGAAAUGAAGUCAGCCUCUUCCAGUGCCGAAGAGACAGUGCUGCCCCUCCCUUGGAUCCACCUUGGUUACCAUCAGUUUAAGAGUCGGCUGCAGAACUUUUCCCGGAUUCUUGCUGUGUACCCUGAUGUGUUUGGAGCUCUCAGUAAACAUGUGGAGAAAGGAGGCAACAUCACAUGCCACCAAAUGGUACUGGAUGUGCUUGCUGCAGUAGCCUGCAUGGAAAUGUUGGAAGAAAAGUUGUUGAAAUGCAGGCCACAAACAUGGCUCCAGCAGGUAAAGAAACUUCAAAUGCCGAUUGAACUUGUGUGUACAGCAAACUACUUACAACGCAAUGGGAGCCAACGUGACCAACUGCUCCAGGAAGUCAAGAGCCAAUGGAAUCGGGUUUUCUCAGUGUCCCUGUUUGUGGAACAUGUUCUGCUUGGAGCAGAAACAUGGAUACCAAAGGUGAAGGACCUAGUAGAGAAGUACACCAUGCAGCUUGGAAAUUGUUUUCAGUGGGAUUCUGACAUCAAAACUCAUAACACAUUCACUGCUGUGAUGAAAGUGCUAUGCCAAUGCAAGGAAGCUAUCAGUUUAGCAUUUUGCAGGUAUGGUUUGAAGCCAUGUCCAAUUUGUUUGGGAGAUCCUAACGAUCCAGUGAACCUUCUCUGUGAUCAUGUGUAUUGUCACAGUUGUAUCAAACGAUGGCUGGUGACAGGGCAGAUGUUCUGUCCAUUAUGCCUAACUAACCUACCAGAUGAUUAUACUCCCACAGUAUCCAAGGAGUUCAGCGUUGCCAUAGAAAAAAACGCCCAGUUCCGUAAGUUUUGCAACAGUUUUUUCAUAGACCUGGUUUCCACAAUGUGCUUCAAAGACAAUGAGCCCCCAGAAAAAGCUGUGAUCCAAGAGCUGCUGAAUCUGCUGUUUGUUCAUGCGAAGCUUUUGAGAGGUUCUGGUAACUCCACUGUACAUACGAAAUCUCUGUCCCCUUUCGAUGAUGUGGUGGAUAAAACUCCUGUAAUCCGUUCUGUGGUGCUAAAGUUGCUUCUAAAAUACAGCUUUGACGAUGUGAAAGUCUAUAUAGAAGAAUAUUUAUCACAAGUAGAAGCAAGUUGCCUCCUAGAAAAAGAAGAUAAAAUAGAACUGUACAUGUUAUUUGUCAACUGCUUGGAGGAUUCGAUCUGUGAGAAAUCAGGAGCUUUCUCUGAGGAAAUCAAGAUAAACCGUCUCAGAGAGAAUGGGUGCUUCUUGGUGAACUACUUGCAGUGGAGCGGCACCAGCCAAGAAAUCUCCCAAGAAUCUACCAUUGAGUACUUGCAGGGAGUCGCCAAGAUCCGACUAUGUAUGGAUAGAGCUGCAGAGCUGCUCUUUGAACUUCAUGGAACCUCAGAUGGUAGUAAAGAAACAGAGAAGAAACUCUACCUGCAAAGAGUGAUGGAAUUCUGUUGUCAGAUUCAAAAUGACUGGUGUAGAGUUUAUCUUGUCCGAAAGCUUACCAAUCAGUAUGGGAUGGAAUUCACGCAGAGGCUUUCCAGUGAACGUCAGUGUCACUGGAUAUUUCCAUCGGAAAUAAUUCAACAGCAACAGAGGCAUGAGCAUGGUCAGAUUGAUCGAUUCUUGGUAUGUGGCAAAAACUACAGAACAGUGCGUGAUGCUAUGGGGAAAGCAAUGAUAGAAUGCCAGAUAGACGGUGUUGCAGCAGCAAUGAAGGCAUGUAAUGGCUCCAGGUCUGGACAAGCUGUUCAUUUUCUCUUAGCUGUCUUCCGAGAGCUAACAUCUCUGUAUGGAUGCAAGGACCCAAAUCUUCAGCCAAAGCAGAAGCAAUGUGAUGUUCUUAGAGAGUUUAUCCAGAACUCCGAAGUCCUUCCUUCUCAAGAACUGGAAGCAUUUGCAGAAUCUCUUGUGGCCAACAGUCUCCCCUCACUGACGCUGAGUCCUCAGGAUUCCAGUCACAAGAGGAUGGUGGUUGAAAUGGCAGUUCACACAGCAGCUGUUUUACUGUCUGGACAGAAUCGAAUCCUUGAACCUCUAAGGAAUCUGGCAUUCUCGCCCAACACCAUGCAGAAUGCUUUUCUGCCAACAAUGCCAGAGGACUUACUAGCUCAGGCUGUGAACUGGGAGGCAACAGCAGGACUUCACUGGUAUACAUGUCCAAAUGGCCACCCCUGUACUAUUGGAGAGUGUGGUCGUCCUAUGCAACGAGGUUUAUGUGUUGAUUGUCAAGCUCCAAUUGGAGGUGACAACCACAGGGCACUGCCAGAUUUUCAAAAAGCACAGCUUUCAAGGGACAGGACACAAACUGGCCACGUGCUUGGAGACCCUAGAAAAAGAGGAGCCGAAAUAGCAUCUGACAGGGAGAUGUCUCCAUCUGUCUUACUUGUGAUCCGCUUGCUCACUCAUUUGGCAUUGCUUGUGGGAGCCACAAAAAAUCCACAGUCGCUACUGCAGAUCAUAAAGCCACAUGUUCAGGAUCCAGUGAGCUUUCUCAUGCAGCAUAUUCAUAAGGACUUAGAGCAACUGAUGAAUACUCUUGGGAAGAGUGCUGAUGAAACCACUAAUGUCGUCCAUCUCAUUCUGUGUAGCCUUCUUAAAGAGCACGCAGGCCAAUGGCCAGUGCAAUUUGAUGGUCAACUUUCCCAAAAAGAGUACAGAAACAAAUGGGAAAGAAUUGUUGCAGACACCAUUAUUAUUCCUGAACUGAAGCUUCUGGAUAAAACGCUUCCAGAGUUAAAUCGACAAAUCAGUGAGGAUGAGAGAAUCUCUUCUAAUCCGGUGGUGAAAAUUAUAUACGGGGACCCUGCAACCUUCCUAUCCAGACUGCCCAAGAACAGCAUUGUGCACUGUUCCAGGAUGUGGAGUUGCAGGAAGAGGAUCUCAGUUGAGUACUUGGGGCAUGUUGUCCAGCAGAAAGGUGGCAAGGAUAUGUUGCCCAUCCUGUGGAAGUUUCUGCAAAAGGAAGCUGAAUUGAGGCUGCUGAAGUAUUUGCCAGAGAUUCUAGCCCUGCAGAAAUACUUGGUGAAGAAAUUCCAAAACAUUUCAGAGGUGAAACAUCGCACAAUUAGAGAUUUUCUUAACAGCCUUACCUCAGGAGGCAUGAAGUAUCUUAUGACAAACAGAGUGAAAACAUUUCUGAAUGUGUGGAACAAGCUAAGAUCAUCCUUGGAAACCAAUGGUGAAAUAAAACUCCCCAAAGGUUAUUGUGAUAACGACCUCACUCAGGAGAAUGAGUUUGAGAUCCUUCUUCCUCGCCGGCGCGGUCUAGGCCUGUGUUCCACGGCCUUGUCCAGUUACCUCAUCGGCCUGCACAAUGACUUUGUCUACACCAUAGAAAAGCAUACAACAGAUGCCAACAGAUACUCUGUCAGCCCCACAGAAGUGGCAGAUUUGCACGUGAUCACUUAUGAGAUGGACAGGGACCUGAUCCCUCUGAUUCUGUCGAACUGCCAGUACAGCAUGGAGAAAGGAGGGGAGGCCCUCCAGGAAUUUGACCUGGAAAAAAUCCAGCAGCAGGUUGUCAGCAGAUUCCUGCAAGGGAAGCCCUUAAUCACAUUGACGGGCAUACCCACUUUGGUGUACAGGCAUGAUCGAAAUUAUGAGCAUCUCUUCAGUGAUCUCAAGAGCAAGCUGAGGCAGAGCUCCCUUCCAAAUUCCACAAUUAGCAUGAUCAGUGGGGAGUUGCAAUCAUACAGUGACAUCUGUGAAGCUCUGUCUGUCACUGAAAUAACCUUAGGAUUCCUGGCUAUGGCUGGAGAGGACCCAGAGAUGACUUUGACCGAAUAUGUUGAAAAUAUCCUGCAAAUGGGCAGUCAGACAAGUGCUCAUGUGCUGAAGGUACUGAGUCGAUGUCAGCUAAAGCACACCAUUGCGCUGUGGCAGCUCCUCUCUAGCCAUAAAUCUGAACAGCUGCUGCAUCUGAAAAGGGAUCCCUUUGCAGAGGUCAGCACGUCCUAUAAAGACGAGCUCACUGUAGAGAACACCAAACUCCUCAAUGCCUUUCUCGUCCAGGCUGGCCUGGAAUCCUUCCUCCAAGAAUUGCAUGAAAUGAUCAUCCUGAAGCUGAAAUAUGCCCAAGCUGGGGAAGAAUUCAACCCCACAUGGAGCCUUAAGGAUACGCUUAUUUCAUACCUCGAAAGAAAAGACAGCAACACACUUGAGGAAUUAGAGGAUAUGUUCCCAGAAGAGAUCCCGCUCUCCCAGUGCAUUGCUGCCUGGAAACUGGCUGCUACUCUUAAACGAGAUCGAAGGCUUGGUUGAUGCCGUACAGUGAUUAAUAGAGGCAGUCUGUCCUCUCAUUCCCGCCACCCCCUUUCAAAAAACGAUUGAAGACCAACGCACUGGAUUUCGAUGUUACUUUCCUUGCACUGAACAAAAUAAAUUAUGGGGCCAAAAAGCUUACAUAACUCAAGGAGAUCCUAAAUUAAAGUAUCAGUGCACUAUACGAAGAAUGAACUAUUUUGCACAAACUUGAAGGAUUUUUUGCCUUAGAAAAUGAAGGAUUAAAAAAAAAAAUCAAGAUACUUCCCCCCCCUCCCCUAGAAAAUGCAAGAUAGAGAUGAAAACCACAUUCAGAGGGAGUAAGCAAAACAGAAAUAUGCUUUCAGUGGCCAGAACUAGAGGUUUAAUGCCAAAGGGCCCUGACAAAUAGUGUAUAGUUUAUAAACCUGGGGUUAUAUGCUACCUUACUGACGGGUCUCUUUUCACUUCAGGUCAUUUAGGUGGGCAAGGGACAAAGCAUUAAUCCUUACUCUCUCAAGUUUUCUAUUUGCCCUAAGUGCUACCAAAGCUGCCUUCUUGUGUGAUCAGGGACAUUAUUUCUUUGUAACUUUAUUUUUCCGUGACAUUUCCUGCACCAUUGGUUCAACACACCUGAACAAGGCAUGACAAAGUACAGCCAAGUCAACUCUUCAGGUGGUUGCUUUUAAACAUUAUUCAGCAUAGGUAAAUACCAGGUAUACUAGCUUGACACCACUGCCCACGCUAUUGUUUUUUUUAAAGAGGCAACAUAUCAGAGCUGUCUGUAGCCUGUCUCCUUCCUACCUUUUGUUUUUGGCCCUAGUGAACAGGUAUAUUCUCCUAAGGAAACUUCCUUCUCAUUAUUCACUUGAAUCUCAGAAACAUCUUAUGGGAGUGUUGUACUCCUAUUUUCCUUGAUUUGAUCUUCAUUCCUUAGUUGUACUCAUUGUUAUCGGUCUAGCUUGUGUUUCUUACUGCAGUUGAUUCACUAAUAAUACAUUUGUAACUGUUAUCAUGAUUCAUUAUACCAAGUAUCUCUUUAGGCUAAGAAACCGUACUUUAUAAGAGGAGUGCCAGUUCAAGCACAUUUGUUUAAUCGAACUUAAGAAGGAAACAAAAUGUUUUAGAUGUAUUGAAACAUCUCCUUCGUAUGCUUCCAAAAAUAGUAUGCAAUAUUUAAAUUCAUUUAGAGCCAUUAUGUUAGCCUGUCAACUGAAUACAGCAUGUUCAGUAGUUUGAGAUUAUGUCCAUAGUUGAAACAACAAAAGGGGGAGAUUUUGUGCAAGUGGGUAAGACUUUUUCAAGGAGGACAGAAGACAGUAUCACUUUCACUUGUGUGAAUGGUUGCACCGUUUAACAAUAUGAAGGAACUUUUUUUUCCUAUUGGGGAACAAUUAUUAUUUUUAUUCAUUAAUACUUUUAAAAAUGUUUACCAAAAUAAAUUAGAUUCAACUCUUCUCUCAGGGUAAAGACAAAGUAGAAUCUACAAGUAUCAGCUGUUGCUAUAAAUGACUCUUCUCAACCAUGUUUUGUUGCUGCUCUGGAUUGUAUGUGCUUUAUUAGUAAAAUGUUUAUUAAUAGGCAAUCGUGCCACACAAGCUUAGCCUUCCUUCAGUUCACUAGAGCUAGAAAAGCAUUGGUGUUCUAUCUGUUUAAAGGCCAAAAUCUACUGACAAUCUAUUUAGGGUUCCAAAUAUAGUUAAUAUUUCUGUGUGCUAACAACUCUUUGGCUCAUUUCAGCAGUUUCCUUACAUGACUCCUAGAAAGCUGUGCAACUGGGGCCAUGCCACCUACCAUGCUCUACCUCAGAACAUGAAGAAGGCCAUGGACAGGACAGAGUGAACAACACUCCUGGUCCUUGCAUGGUAGUGUGUGGAUGAUGCAUUGACUGUGAUGUCACUAGCACGUGCAAGCCUUCGAUUGGUCUACCAGUAUGCUACCUGUAAAACAUGGCUAGCUUUACUAAUGUGUAAACAUUUUUUUUUUUGUAUUUUUUUUCUCCUUUAAUAAAACUAUUUGCUAUCAAA